UUCCCGCCGCCCCGGGCAUCUCGGGCCAUGGGUACCGCCGGUUCCUCGGCGCUGGCCCGCCUCGGCCUCCCGGCGCAGCCUCGACCUUGGCUCAGCGUCGCUGCCCUAGGUCUGGCCACGGUGGCCCUGGGGGCUGUCGCCUGGCGCCGAGCGCGGCCCAGGAAGCGCCGGCCGCUGCAGCAGGUGGGCACCGUGGCGCAGCUGUGGAUCUACCCGAUCAAGUCCUGCAAAGGGCUGUCGGUGAGCGAGGCGGAAUGCACAGCCAUGGGGCUGCGGUGCGGUCACCUGCGGGACAGGUUUUGGCUUGUGAUCAAUGAAGAUGGGAACAUGGUUACUGCUCGACAGGAACCUCGCUUGGUCCUGAUUUCCCUGACCUGUGACCGUGAGACCCUGACUCUGAGUGCAGCCUGCACGAAGGAUCUGCUGCUGCCCAUCAAAAUACCCACCACAAAUGCUGUGCGCAAGUGCAGGGUGCAUGGCCUGGAGAUCCAGGGUAGGGACUGUGGGGAUGCCGCAGCUCAAUGGAUAACCAGCUUCCUGAAGACACAGUCCUACCGCCUGGUGCACUUCGAGCCCCGCAUGCAACCAAGAAAUUCUCACCAAAUCGAGGACCCAUUCCGACCCACAGACCAGGUUGCCUACUCGGAUGCCAGCCCUUUCUUGGUCCUCUCUGAGGCAUCCCUGGAGGAUCUCAACUCCAGGCUGGAGAAGAAAGUUAAAGCAUCUAACUUCAGGCCCAAUAUUGUAAUUUCAGGAUGUGGUGUCUAUGCAGAGGAUUCUUGGAAUGAACUUCUUAUUGGGGAUGUGGAACUGAAAAGGGUGAUGGCUUGUUCCAGGUGCAUGUUAACCACAGUGGACCCGGACACUGGCAUCAUGAGCAGGGAGGAGCCACUGGAAACGCUCAAGAGUUACCGCCAGUGUGACCCUUCGGAACAAAAGCUGUAUGGAAAAUCACCCCUCUUUGGACAGUAUUUUGCUCUGGACCAUCCAGGGACAGUCAAAGUGGGAGAUCCUGUAUACCUGCUGGGAGAGUAAUGGGAAUCAUGUGUUUUGGAAUAUCUGAUGUCUUUAAAAGAAAUGGCCUGAAAAACGACAACUCUUGACUUAUAUGGUGCUUCAGAAAUGACACCUCAGCAGCAUUUUCUCUGAUCUGUGAUUUCUAAGUUUUUCUUUCUUUCUUUUUUAUUCCUUUUUUUUUUUUUUACUUCCUUAGGUCUUAAUGCUUACAGGACCCAGUGCACAAAGCAAAGAAAUAUGGUCUUGUUGAUUUAGUAGGAUUCAGUAAGUCACUUAAAUGAUGGGAUUCCGAAAACUCCCUGUUUAACCUUGAUUAUUGAAUAGUUCCUUCUUCUUCUUCUCUACUCACCUACAAGAGUGCUAACCUCCAUUAUCUCACCUUGAGCCUUUAGGAAAAGAGAAGAGAAAGAGGAAGAGUGGGUGAGCCAGAAGAAUGUUCUGGAAUGUUUUGUUCACCCCAUAUAUGGGGCAUGCAGUAGAAAUUGAAUAGUUCCUCAAAUAAGGCCUGAAAUGUAACUUCACUUUUCUUCUUGAGCCCUUCUCGAGCCUUUUCUUCUCAGGCUAGGUUUUGAAGGAUGUAAAGAGCCCUACUGCAGCAAGCACACAGGACACUGGUUUUCCAUAGAUCAUCUUGGAUAUGGUACUACUGCUUCUAAGACAGUGUCUAUGAUGAUUUGAUGAAUCCUUCAACACGCGCAGUGACUUUGGCUGCAGGAUAGCAAAAAUGUCAGGGUAGAAAACUAAUUCACUAGAGCCACCAAACUGUAGUCUAAAUCAUGUGAAAAGCAAGAUGAACAAAAAAAAAAUUGUUUUGCCAUUCAAACAACACAUUAAAUUCAUCCCGUUAAUGAUUCAAAAUCUUUCCCAACAUAAACAAGUGAAUAGUGUCACCAGAAAGAAGGACAUCUGGCUUCAUGCUAUCUAAGAUGUGGUUUGACCUUGACCAGGGAAGUAAUGAUGCCCUUCUUAAUGUAAUCAAGAAAAUAAAUGACCCCAAAACGAGAUGGUAUCACAUAGUGGUGUUCAACGAGAGCUCGGGCCAUGUUGGAAAGAUAGUGAAUUUCAUUUAGUUUUCUAUCUGGAAAUAUUUCUUUGUAAAGGGAUUAGGGUAGAUUCCAAGUACCCCUUAGUUCUCUGCUGUAGGAAUUUGAUUUUUUGAAAGCACUCAGAAGCAUGCUAGAGGGUUCUGGAGAUCUCUUGGAUCUCAAAUCCUAACUGGAUUCUCCUCCUCAAAUCCAGGGUGAGAAAGUUCUGAAGUCAGUGAAGAGAAAGAAAAAUGAUUGUGUGUUUUGAAAUAAAUCACUGAAAACCUUCAAAUGGAGAAGAAGAAAACAUAUUUUCUGUUUAAAAUCCAAUUUUUCUACUGAUGGAAUUAUAUAAUUCUAAGAUCUGAUGGAGAAUAUCUGUCAUUGUCAUUGAGUCCUUUGAUUGUAUUAGGGAGUUGACUAAAUCGUGAGAAAUGUUCCAUAAACUGUAAAUGAAUGGAAGCUACUUUGACUGGAUUCAGUCAGAUCUUACUAACUUCCUGGCUCAAAGUCAGACUUUGAAAGCUGACUGACAUGAACCAGCAAAGCCAAUGAUUCUGAUACUUGGCCAGAGCUGGGUCUCCUACAGAAUGGACUUGCUCAAAAUCUGCAUCCAAGGUGAACAUCCAUCUUGGAAGGGCUGUUGAGUAAACAUGCUUUUUUACUAAAAACUAGGCAUUUUUUCAAUUUGGUUUUAUAAACAAGGUCAGUAAUCACUGCAGUCUAGCUGAACUCUUAGGUGAAGUUCCGAGUGUGUAUUUUCUGAUGGGCAAAUUGUUGCAAUUUGUUUUCUGCACACUUUGGCUUGAAGUAGAGAAUUAAAACAAUUUUCCACAUAA